AUGUUGGAGGGUGUGAUGGCGAAAACGGUUACCGCGGACAUGAAAGAACGGAAAGUGUUUGUGUUUGCUCACAACAUGCGAGGGUUUGAUUCGUCUUUUAUUUUGCAGCUGUUGUAUGAUAAGGGUUACAAAGCCGAAAAGGUCUUGAGUAUGGGGGCGAAGUUUUUGUCGUUUCAGUGUGUUAAUGUGAUUUUUCGGGAUUCGCUUAAUUUUUUUAACAUGCCUUUGGAACGCUUGCCGGCUACGUUUAAUUUGAAGGAAGCGCAUAAGGGUUUCUUCCCUUAUUCUUACAUUUCUGAAGACAAGCUUUAUUACGUUGGACCCUACCCAAAAGCAGAAGAAUACCAUCCCGAGCGAAUGAACGAAAAACGGAGAAAGGAAUUUUUAACUUGGCACAAAGAAAAAGUUAGCAGCGGCGCCAUCUUUGAUUGCCAAAAAGAACUAUCUGCGUACCUGCAAAGCGAUGUCCAAGUGCUAACGGAAUCCAUGGAAACAUUUGCCAGUGAAAUGUUAGAGCUGACUGGCUUAGACCCUACGGUGGAAUGUGUCACCAUUGCAAGUACGGCGUUUAAAGUUUUCCAGACCAGGUUUUUGGAGCCGUACACGAUUGCCUUGGAACCCCUCGGCGGAUGGCGCCACAACCAGCAGAACCAGAGUGUGGAAGCCCUGCAGUGGUUAGAAUUUCAAAAUGCCAAGAUUGGCGGCGGCAUUCAGGUAAGUAGUCUUUUACACACUUAAGAAUUUAAGUUGCAGUCAAAGUCUACACUUAAGAAAAAUUAAUUGCAGUGUUUUACCGCAAAUAUCAUUUCGUGAAAUGUUUACUACGGUGCAAUGACUACAAAUCAAAAAUUACAGUGUUUUGUAUGGGAAUUAUGUUGAAAAAGUCUGCAUUUUAAAAAUUUAACAUGCAGUGUUUUACUGUAUUUUUCAGUAUGCGAAAUGUUUACUACUGUGCAAACGAAGAUGCACGAUCAAAAAAUUAUAAUCUGCGGACCGCGCAGAAAACAAUAACAUUAUGUUUCUCUUUUGCAGCAUGUACGAAAUUCCUUGAAUGGUGAAGCCAAAGUCCUCACCCCUGCUCAAACUUACAAUGUGGAUGGCUAUCACGCCGCGAGCAAUACCGUCUACGAGUAUAAUGGAUGCAUUUUUCACGGCUGUCGUAAAUGUUACCCAAAGCAAGGAAACCUGAAACGCUUCUGCCAUCCAGAUCGAACCGUUGACGAAGUGUAUGAGGCAACCCUAAAGAAAGCAGCCAUCCUCCGUGACGCAGGCUGCAAUAUGGUUGAAAUGUGGGGAUGUGACUUUGCCAAGCAGAAAGAAACCGACCCAGAGCUGGCCGAAUUCCUGGAAAACUUUGAAUUUGUUCCGCCGCUUGAACCACGAGAUGCGUUUUUUGGGGGGCGAACUGGCGCAGCGACCCUGUACGCAAAAACGGCAGAAGACAAAGAGAUUUCCUAUGUUGAUUUUACAAGCUUGUACCCAAGUAUUAACAAGUACGGUGUCUACCCUGUGGAAUUCCCGCAGAUUUUCUAUCAGCCAGAAAACCAGAACAUUGAUGACUACUUUGGUCUCGCGCAAGUGGAUAUCCUGGCUCCCGCGCGCUUGUUUCACCACGUUCUGCCGGUAAGAGCCCGCGGAAAACUUACUUUUCCUCUCUGCAGGUCCUGUGUUGCGGAAGAAUUAGCCAACCCCUUGCUGGAACGAAGUAAUAUGUGUGGUCACACCCGUGAGCAACGUAUGCUGAAAGGGACCUGGUGUACGCCUGAACUACAGAAAGCCGUGGAAAAGGGGUACCAAAUACAGAAAAUCCAUGAAGUGUGGCACUUUCCCGAGGAAAAUCGCCGCGAAGGUCUUUUCGCUGGCUACGUGAAUACCUGGUUGAAGCUUAAACAGGAGAGCGCCGGAUGGCCCGCGGGUGUGGAAACCCCAGAGCAGAAAGCAGAGUACGUAAAGAAGUAUGAAGAACACGAGGGGAUUCUGCUGGAUCCUGAAAAGAUUGCUGUGAAUCCGGGCAGAAAAAGCGUUGCGAAAUUACUUUUGAACAGGUAACUAGUUAUAUUUAAUUGUUUAAGUUGCAGUCAAAGUCUACACUUAAGAAAAAUUAGUAGAAGUGUUUUACCGCAAAUAUCAUUUCGUGAAAUGUUUACUACGGUACAAUGGUCUAUGCACGCUACAAUUCAAAAAUUACAGUGUUUUGUAUGGGAAUUAUGUUGAAAAAGUCUGCAUUUUAAAAAUUUAACAUGCAGUGUUUUACUGUAUUUUUCAGUAUGCGAAAUGUUUACUACUGUGCAAACGAAGAUGCACGAUCGAAAAAUUAUAAUUUGCGGACCGCGCAGAAAACAAUAACAUUACUUUUUUCUUUUUCAGCUUAUGGGGGAAAUUUGGUGAGCGACAGAACAAGCCUGUGACGCACUGCAUCACCCAACCCUCACAGUUGUUUCAGCUGCUAGAAGACCCGGUGAAUGAGAUUCACAGUGUACGUAUCUGCUCCGAAGAUGUGAUGGAGUUGGUGGUCAUUAAAAACGAAGACGAAUAA